CCAACAUGGAGACUGCCACAACAUUUGGAAUGCCUGCUCAUAUGAAUGACCUUGGGGAUGUUGAAUCAUCUUCAGAGCUCAAGUGCAAACUAUGCACCAGUACCUUCUGUGAUGCGGAGACCCUGCAAGCACAUACAGCCAGUCGCGACUGUGAGCGGCGCUUUAAGUGCGAGGUUUGCGACAAGCGGUUCCUUCUGAAGCAUCAUCUCAAGCAACACCUGCUCACUCACACCGGUGAGAGACCAUACCUGUGUGGUCAGUGUAGUCGACGCUUCACUCGCUCUUCCGAUUUGAAGAACCACCUGCGUGUUCACACCGGUGAGAGACCUUACCAGUGCGCGCAAUGCGACAUGGCUUUCUGUCAGCAAGGUGACUUGAAACGGCACAUUUUCACGCAUACCGGUGAGAGACCACACAAGUGCAUGGAAUGCCCGAAACAGUUCAGCGUGGCAACCGCCCUAGCGGAACACAUGCGAACUCACACCGGUGAGAGACCAUAUAGCUGUAACUCGUGCAGUAAGCAAUUUUCUCGCCUGGGAGACUUGAAACAACACACGAGGACACACACCGGUGAGACGCCAUUUACCUGCAACGUGUGUGACAAGUCUUUUACGUGGCGGAUCGACUUGACGAGACACAAAAGAACACACACAGGUGAAAAGCCGUACCAAUGUGAUGUCUGUAACAAGCGGUUUAGCGUAAUGAGCACUUUAGCAUCCCACAAGCGGUCUCACACCGGUGAAAAGCCAUAUCAGUGCCAGGAGUGCAGAAAGCGGUUUACUCAGCUUAGCAGGUUAAAGGACCACGUGCGCAUUCAUUCCGGCGAGAAACCGUAUAAGUGCGGUGUGUGUGAGAAGAGUUUCACCCGACUGGGACACUUACAACAGCACACUCUCGUUCACACCGGUGAGAGACCAUUCUCCUGUGAACAGUGCAAAAAGACGUUCGCACAGAUGAGCGAUUUAAAAAGGCACAUUCGCGCGCACACCGGUGAGAGACCAUACGCGUGCGAUCGUUGUCCGAAACAGUUCAGUCUUCUCGACAGCUUGAAGGAACAUAUGCGGACUCACACCGGUGAGAGACCACAUACAUGCCCGGAAUGCCACAAACAGUUCACACAGAACGGGUCCUUGGUGGAACACAUGCGAAAGCACACCGGUGAGAAACCUUACGAAUGUGACGAGUGUGGCAAGAAAUUCGCCAGGCUGAAUGGUGUGAAGCAACACAUGAAGACACAUUGUUAGAUAACACAAAAGAACGACUGGUGGACGAUCAAUUUGUAUUUCAUAUCGUACAAUUGUUUAUUCUAGAUCUGUUUAUUUAUCACAAUGAAUAUAAGGUGGACAAUCGUUUUUGCAUGCACAAUGAGAUGUUCUUCCGUGCCCAAUACUUCAGUGGGCAUCUUUCAGUGUUGAGAAACUAUGGAGUUGCGCUCUGGAAAUUUCUGAGCUUUUAUUCUGGUGCAACGUUUGGUGCGGCUGGACAGGACAAUAUGGGAAUACACUUGGCCUUCAUACAAUGCACCUACCACUCAUACUACCAGCUUAGGCCGUAUCUAAUGACAGCCAGAAUGCCGUGGAAUUUUUAACUCUCUAGAGACUCGUAAGACAUUUUCACUUGAAUAUCUACCCAUUGCAUUGAACAGACUUGCAAUCAUUGACCGAUCUCUCAAAAUCAUGGAAUGAUCGAUAGAAUAUUGGGUGUAUUUAAUUACUGCCGACGAUGUUAUCAAGAAAAGCUAACAGACUUGUCGGCCGAACGAUUUUUCUAUUGCAUGACGGAGACUUUGAAACGAAGUGCAAAUUCGCUGUGAAAGCCGCCUGUUCUAACCUCUCUGUAGCUAUUGUUGAAGACCUAAAGAAAGUAUCUUGUAAACGUAAUUUAACGAACUUUUGGACAUGAAAGCAAUUUAGGUUAUGUUUCUUGCCAUAUGUUCUAUUCAGAUAGUAUAUAUUCUGGAUUGGCAGAGAGUGGAGUUUUAUAUUGCAUGCGCAAGCUAUAACUGGUGAUUGGGUGUUUCAUAGAUACAUAGGAGUGAACAUAUCGAUAGCAUCUAUUGUAAUUUAACUUCAAUCUUGUUGUUUUGUGAUCUGUAAAUGUAUAAGUAUACAACGUCACUCUUCAGUUAUGAAUAAAAUGUUGGUAUAAAUGUUACAUUUGAGUGACGUUUCUACCAUUGGCACAGACGACAAAUCGUAUACUAUAUUUUCUGAAUAUUUACAUAACAAGGCAACUAUACGUCUUUUGUCGAUUAGAUAGUUGGACGAUGUC